AUGGAGGCUGAUAGUAUGCAUUCCACUAUCGAACGAGCACUUAAGAAAAAAGAUAUCAAUGUUCCUGCAGAAUAUGUUGGAGUCUGUAGGUCAGCUAGAAAAAAACCAAAACCUUAUGACGUAACCUACCUUAGUCAUAAGUUUUUCAAAAAUUUUAACGACGUUCAGUUCUUUAAAAGCAUUCGUCCUGGUCGUGGCAUAGGUGACGCUAAAGAGACUGAUAUACGAGCUCUGCGCUACAUACCAAGUGGUGAAAUAUAUUUCAAAUUGAGAUUCCCUUAUGAAUGGCAAACAAUUCCGCAAAGAAAAUCGUCGAAUGUUGUUCCCUUGCCGUUCACUCAGCUUCGAAAUCUCCAUGCAACUAGAAGAAAGAUUACUGCCAGAAAGUUUGAAGAUCUGCAAUAUUUAAAAAGAUCACUUCCUGAGGAUUACCGUUCUUACUAUGACAAUUUACCCCAUGACUGA